AUGAGUAGCGCCGCUUCUAAAUACGUUGACGAGCACCACGGCUUUGGCACGACGGCAAUUCACGAGGGCCAGGCACCGGAUGAGUACACAGGUGCUGUAGCGGUGCCCAUCACGCUAGCUAGCACCUUUGCACAGUCGUCUCCCGGCGUCGUAGCUGGUCGCAGCCAGGCCAAUUCGUUUGGCAAAGGUUGGGAGUACUCACGUACAGGCAACCCCACUCGUGGAGCCCUCGAGCGUGCUCUCGCUGCCUGUGAGAAAGGCCGCUUUGCUGUCUGCUACUCGUCCGGCAUGGCCGCUACGACGGCCGUGACACACCUGCUCAAGCACGGAGACCAUGUGCUAUGCAUUGACGACGUGUACGGUGGCACCCAACGGUACUUCCGCCAGACCGUGAACCCAACAUAUGGUAUUGACUUUGACUUUACGGACUUUGGAGAUCUGAGUAAGGUCGAGAAGCUACUUCGUCCACAGACGAAACUCAUUUGGAUUGAAAGUCCUACGAACCCUACACUUAAAAUUACCGACAUUCGUGCCGUGUCGGAAUUUGCAAAAAAGCACAAGUUGCUUCUUGUUGUCGACAAUACCUUUAUGUCACCUUAUUUCCAGAAUCCACUUACAUUAGGGGCUGACAUUGUACUGCACAGUAUCACCAAGUACAUCAAUGGACACAGUGAUGUAGUUGGUGGAGUCGUCAUUACCAACUCGGAGGACAUUAACACCAAGUUGCGCUUCAUCCAGAAUGGUAUUGGAGCAAUUCCCGCCCCGUUUGACUGCUACAUGGCCCUCCGUGGUCUGAAGACAUUGCACGUGCGCAUGGCCACCCAUGCCAAGAAUGCUCAGGCUGUUGCAAAGUACUUAGAGGCACAUCCUGCCGUUGAAAAGGUGUGUUAUCCAGGUUUACCGUCGCACCCGCAGCACGAGAUCGCCAAGAAACAGGCGUCAGGCUUUGGUGGCAUGGUUACGUUCUACGUGCACGGUGGUCUCGACAAAGCGCGCACUUUCCUUGAGAACCUUGAGAUAUUCACGCUGGCUGAGAGCCUUGGCGCCGUCGAGUCGCUGGCAGAGUCUCCCGCCAUUAUGACCCACGCUUCCGUGCCCCCUGAAGUCCGCAAGAAGAUCGGUAUCUCCGAUAGCCUUAUCCGCCUAUCCGUUGGGAUCGAGGGAUUGCCGGACAUCAUCGCCGACCUGGAACGCGCGCUCGCCGCCAAAGGUAAAGAUUCCUAG